GUUGGAUAAUUUCACGAUUUUCGAGGUUUUUGAUGUAUAUUACGUAAAUCAAGUAGUUUAUCGGAGAAAACCAGGAGAAUACGUAUCAAAUAUGGCGGACAAGACAGACGUAGGGUAUGCGGUAUUCGCAAGAGGAUCGCGGAAGUAACUUUUCCAAAUCCCCCCUCGGUUCUCCUCGGGCGAGCGAGAUGGACAGUAACAAGGACGAGGCAGAACGAUGUCUGGAGUACGCGAAUCAUUUCAUUUUUGAGAAGAACUAUGUCAAAGCCGAGAAAUUCCUCAGGAAGGCUCAAAAGCUGUACCCAUCAAAGAAGGUCGAAGAACUGUUGGAGCAAAUAACGUUGCAUAUGAAGGAGACUCGCGUGCCCGAUGCGAAGUCUGAAGGGGUCAGGAAACGCCAUGUCACGGUUCAAGAAGAGGUCUACUCGCAGACGACCAAUGACAUUACGAAAGAGCAAAUUGAAUCGGUUAAGAGGAUUAAAAAGUGCAAGGAUUAUUACGAGAUUUUGGGAGUGACUAAGGAAGCCACUGACAGUGAAGUAAAAAAAGCAUACAAGAAGCUGGCUCUUCAACUGCAUCCAGAUAAAAAUAAGGCACCUGGGGCUGCAGAAGCUUUUAAAGCUAUUGGUAAUGCGGUGGCUGUUCUCACCGAUGCAGAGAAGAGAAAACAAUACGAUAUGUAUGGUUCCCAGGAACAGAGACUUGGAGCAGCUCAUGCACGUCAAGCUCAUGCUGAUUACAGUUACACUCGAGGUUUUGAAGCCGAUAUGACAGCGGAAGAAUUGUUUAACAUGUUCUUCAGUGGAGGAUUUCCACAGCAAGGACUUUAUUCAAGACGAGCUGCCGGUGUAUGGACCAGACAACGGGAUCCCCAAAUGCAACACAGUCACUCUCAACAAACAAAUGACUAUACCGCGUGCCUGCAAAUGUUGCCAGUUCUUUUGCUAAUAGUCUUAACGAUGAUGAGCAGCUUCUUUAUAUCCGAUCCUAUGUACAGCCUCCAGUCUAAUGCGAAGUAUUCAGUACCCAGAACGACCCAAGGACUGAAAGUACCUUACUAUGUGAAAGAGAAUUUCCACAGUGAGUACCAAGGUAGUUUACGCAGACUGGAGAUUUCUGUUGAAGAGGAAUAUGUUAACACAUUAAGGCACAACUGUUAUCGGGAGAAAAAUUACAAGGAUACAAUAUUAUGGAAAGCGCGGAACUUCAGAGAUCAGGACCUUUAUGAGAAAGGAAAGAGCAUGGAGACACCUUCUUGCAAAAAACUUGUGGAUCUGCACGCAGCGUAAUGGAGAAGAGAAGAUACAAACGGGAGUGUCGUAAGACAACGAGUCACACCUGCAGCAUGUCGCUGUUUCUCAACAAGUAUUUAAAUAAAUUUCCCAUCCGGUAAUUGACAGUAGCUAUCGGAAAGAGCAGAGAACUAAUCGAAUAAGACGAAUCGUCUAAACCUUGCCCGGAUAGUGAUAAUUUACGUCGCAGCAUAAUUCUAAAAGGCAACCCAUAGAGUGGUGAUGCGUUCCAUGAGAUGAUUGACAAGGUUCGCAGAUUUUUUUUUAUUUUUCCCCACGUCUAUCUGCGUUGAACCUGUAACAAGCAUUGUUUCACCGCGUGGACGCGGGAAUUAAUCUUAAUACGGUUAAACUACUGAGUCGUGCCUGACUACUCGAAUGUUCAUCAGAAUAGCUGCACGUAUUACCCACCUUAUAGGUUAUGUAUAUGUAACAGUCUUGAGUAUUUAUUCAGACGCCAUGAAAGGCGUUAAGCAAGAGUGUUUAUUAAUUAAUCGAUUGCAUCGAUUCUUUUUAGAGUUUAUUGCGCGAUUGCGUGUCGAGUCAAUGUCCAAUUUUGCGUGAAAUAUGAAAGUAACGGGCAAUUAUGCUCCCAUGGAUGUCAAGUUGAGACGCAGCCUUGAGGUCCCUAGAGUCGUGUAAUCUUAUGAAUAAAUGUGGCUUUUUAGGUAAUAAUGAUAUUCUCUGUUUGAGUUAUAAUCAACUGGAUUCUCAGUUCUGUUUAAUGGCUACCAUGGUACAAUUCUCAUUUUUUGAUCUCACUGGACAUUCAGUUAACGGAAACCCGUCACUAAGAAUUGCAUCAAGAGAGGAAAGAUUUUAAUUAUACGAAUAGUUAUCCUUCAUUCGAUAUUGCCAGCAAAGCCGUGAAGCAUAUACAAUUAUAGUAAAUGAAAUAAUAAAUGCGCAUGACUUUAAAA